ACGAGCAUGAAGCCCAGUGGCGGUAAGGCGGCGCAGGAGGAGGGCAGGUACUUGGGGGUGCGGAAGCGGCGGUGGGGGAAAUGGGUUUCGGAGAUCCGGCUGCCGCGGAGCCGGGAGAGGAUCUGGCUCGGCUCCUACGACGCCCCCGAGAAGGCGGCCCGGGCCUUCGACGCCGCCGCCUUCUUCCUCCGCGGCCCCGCCGCCCGCCUCAACUUCCCCCACCAUCUCCCCCCCGACGCUCACACCGCGGCGCUUUCCCUCGACCAGAUCCAGGCCGCGGCCGCGCGGCACGCCAAUGAGCCGCCAGCGGAGUCCUCGGUUGCUGCGUCGGCGUCGGGGGCGACGGAGAACCAUGGGCUCGAUGAGUCGAUCAUCAGUUUCAUGGCCAUGGAUAGUAGCGCGGACUUCCCUUCGCUCUACGAGGAUUUCUUCUUUGGGUUUUCCGCGGAGGCCGAGCCACCGCCGCAAGAGCAUGAUGUCGUCGGCGUCGACCGACACGACUGGAGUGAGGUGUUCGAUGAAUUCCCUUCUCUCUGGAGCUUCUGACUCUGAGGAGGAAGAUGAAGAAGCGGCUCAGCAACACUUUUUUUUUAUACUGUUGCCGUAUAUACAUGUAACGAUCACUGGUAGAGAUUAUUACUUCUCUCGAUCCUUUUCCCUUCAGCUGGAACCCAUACACUCCCUUCUCUCUCA